CACAUGCUGCAAUUCAAGCAGAUGACUGUGCCCAUAUAUUCAGACUCAGACAGCCUUUAAGAACCUUGUUAAACCAGAGAAGCUUGGAUCCCACAGAUACCCACUCAGAACCCUGAGAAACAAAGGAGCACGUGAAUAAAGCAGCUGCAAACCUACGGCAGGUAUUGCUAACACUCUUAUCAUUGCAGAGCAGAGAUCCUUCCACCUACUCAGAGGGAGUGGGAUCUUCCCAACUUUGGCAAAAAUCCUGAAGGGCAAUCCACCAUGUGCAGUGAGAGCUGCCCACGUGCUUUCAGAGAUAGCCAAAAAUGAGGAAAUGAAGAAACCAUGUAUUGAAGCAGAUUUGGUUCCAACACUGAUACCUUUGCUGGAGAGCACAGACCAAGAAAUGCUGCUUCACGCUGGGAGGGCCAUUGGCCGUAUCUGUUACGAUAAUCGUGGCCUUCAGGAAGAGCUGGUGAAGGUUGGAGUAAUCCCAUCGCUGGUCCGGAUAUUAACUGACUAUGCAGAGAGUGAACCACUUGUCCACGUUGCUCUAUUGGCCUUGUUCAACCUGGCAGACCUUGAUUCAGCCAAGGAAGCUCUAAGCAUGACAAAAGUUGCUGAACAGCUGGUGAAACAACUGAGGAGAGCAGAGAGCCAUGAGAGGUUAGAAAUGGUCUUUGAGGUCCUGCAAGCACUUGCAGAAAAUGAUGCUCUGAAAGUGCAGUUGGUGGAUGCAGGUGUGCCAGAGGUGCUGUCUGAGAUCCUGCUGAGGCUCCAAGGCAGUUCACAAGCUGAAGAUACAUGCAUUGUCAAGGCUGCAUCAGAUCUCAUUGUCUCUCUGCUUCUUGGAGAUGGCAACUGCCUGCGGAUAUUCCAGCUGGGAGUCAUUCACCAGCUCCUGGAUGUCCUGGAGAAGCACGUGCAGAGCGGGGACACCUCUGUUCAACAGGCUGCGCUCAGCGCGCUGCAGAGCCUCGCUGUUCCAGCGGUCAGCAAGGUUCAGAUGCUGGAGAAAGGUGUCGCAGAGCGGAUCGAGGCGCUGCUGAGGUCAGAGAGUCCUCCUGUGCAGUUUAAACUCCUUGGAACAUUGAGGAUGUUAGCAGAUGGUCAAGCUGAUGCAGCUGAAAUCCUGGGCCAAGACCCCCUGCUGCUCCACAGGCUGGUGCAAUGGUGCAGCGUGAGCGACCACAGCGGCGUCUGCGGAGAGGCAAACCGGCUGCUGGCAUCCAUCCUGCACCACAACAGAUCCCAGGAAGUGGUCAAAGCCAUCCAGGCAGCACAAGGAGUGAAGCAUCUCAUUUCCAUGACAACAAGUGAACAUGCUGCCAUGCAGAAUGAGGCUCUGAAUGCCCUGGCAAUAGCAUCUGCCAUCGAUUUAGAAACCCUUGAAGAAUCUUUUAAAGAAUCACAGCUAGUUCAAAGCUUACACAAACUUCUGCAAGAUGAUAACACAAGUCCUGAGGUGAAAUACAAUUCAAUGGGCCUUUUGUGCAGGCUUCUUAAUUCAGGUGAUCUGAGACAAGAGAUAGAAGAGGACAAUAUCAAGGACACCCUUGAGCACCUCUGCAGCCACAGCAAUGCCAGUGUGGUCCAGGAAGCCAUCACAACAUUACAGGUUUUGAGAGGAGAGACACCCCACUAAGCUCCCUUCUCCCAUGUGCCAAACCAGCACUGCUGCUGAGGCAGACACCACCAGCUUUGCAACCCUUGCAUUUGUCAUGCUGCUGCACAACCAACACUGCUGAAGCACAGAUGCAGCUCCUGCUUUGAAAGCUGUGUAUAAAAAACCCCUCAUUAGCACGUCUCCUUGGCCUGAUACUUGCACCACUGCUGCUCUUCACUGAACCACUAACACACAGCAGCAGGAAAAAGACCCUUCAAGCAAAUGGUGUUAAGAAACAUCACAGGAGAAACAUCAGGCAAUUACCACUCAUUACACAUUUUUCAGAGGCUUGGUUUUGUGAGAUUAGGAUACACACUUGCGAUUUUUCUUGUAUCAAUGGGACUUUUAAAUAAUUAUAUAAAAGUCUUAAGCUUUUAUCACACAACCUGAAACACGAGCUAGAUUAAAGCUAUAGCUUAAACAAUUCAAAGGGCUAACUGGCACCAACUCAACAUCUGCACACUGUGGAUCACACUGUGCACCCAACUGUUAGGUGAAACAUGUUAAAACCAAAAUUAUCUUGAAGCUAACUCCCCCUUCAAUCUCCAACUUUAAAGCUCGUCUCUGAAGCUGUACCUGCUCCUGCCACAAGUUAUAUUCCCAAAUAUG